UUUUCACACAGUGUAUAUUAAAUAGUUUCUCGAGGCGGGUUCCCUCCCCUCCCCCUGAAAAAAAAUAGUGAUUGUUAAUUUUUAUUUUUCACCUCAAUUUUUUAUUUUCAAAAAAAUAUUCAGUGACUUUUUUCAUUAACUUUCUUUUUUUAUAAAUAAUUUUUUUUUUGUUAUUGUUAUUGUUAUUACUGUUAUUUCGUAUUGUUUUCUCGUAUUGUGGCUGUCGACAAAUUCUAUCAAUAAUAAUUACUGUCGUGCGAAGGGAAGUGUAUUAUGAUUGCUUGACAUGCAUUGUUAAUAAACAAAAGGAAGGCAAAUCAGCACUGAUGAGGCUUAAGAUGAAAGGAGGUGAAAAUUAAAGGCAACUACACAACGAACAGCAGCAACCUGUCUCGUUUCUUGCGAACAGUCACAUUUUUCGAAUUAAGAUGACAUAGAAUGGGUUGGGUGGCGCUAGGGCGGCGUGCGGGUGGUGGCGGCCGCCUCGCACCAAUCCUCUCGCUGUCUCUCGCCUCCCUUGCAAGUUCCCUUGUCUUCAGCACCUUCUGCAUUCUUACACUUGCCCUCACACUCGCCAGCCUCGUCAGUGCUGACGACAUUUUCGAGGAAGGAAAAUCUGACAAGGAAAUUCUGGAUAACCUGCUGCUGUCGACGCGGUACGACAAACGGCUUCUGCCUCCGGUCCAAGGGCUGUUGGGUGUUACAGAUGCGGAUUUCUGCUGCGGAAUGCGAUGGCCUGGUGAUGCGACCGAAGUGUCUAAUCGGUCAACAACCGCUUACGACCCCAAUGAGAACAACAACCAGAACAAAAACCAGUACACGCAGCACGAACUCCAUCGCACUCACCUUCGCGGAACCUUGACCGUUAACGUGAGUGUACUGCUCUUGAGUCUCGCAUCACCCGACGAGUCCAGUUUGAAAUACGAGGUGGAGUUCCUUUUGCAGCAGCAGUGGUACGAUCCACGAUUGCGUUACAGUAACAGAUCACGUUACGAAUUUCUGAACGCGAUCCACCAUCACAACGACAUCUGGCUCCCAGACACGUACUUCAUCAUGCACGGAGACUUCAAGGAUCCUCUUAUACCGGUCCACUUUGCAUUGCGAAUCUACCGCAAUGGCACUGUCAACUAUCUUAUGCGGCGUCAUCUAAUCCUCUCCUGUCAGGGUAGACUUAACAUUUUCCCAUUCGAUGACCCAUUGUGUUCAUUCGCUAUCGAGAGCAUAUCCUAUGAGCAAACGGCGAUCACAUACGUUUGGAAAAAUGACGAGGGCACGUUACGAAAAAGUCCCAGUCUAACGACAUUGAACGCAUACCUUAUUCAAAAUCAGACAAUCACAUGUCCCAUCAAAGCCAGUUGGAGAGACAGACAGCUGUUGGCUGAUUACGAGGACGAGAUCGAUGAUUUUGGGGACACUAGGUGCUCACUGUGCCAGAGGAGAUUUGAAGAACAAGGUAACUAUAGCUGCCUGAAGGUGGAUCUGAUGUUCACAAGAGAUAGAGCCUUCUAUUUCACGACCGUCUUCAUCCCUGGGAUUAUCCUAGUGACGAGCUCCUUUAUCACGUUCUGGCUUGAGUGGAACGCCGUCCCAGCUCGAGUCAUGAUCGGUGUCACGACAAUGCUCAAUUUCUUCACGACGUCGAAUGGCUUCCGGUCGACACUUCCUGUCGUCUCGAAUUUAACCGCCAUGAAUGUGUGGGACGGCGUUUGUAUGUGUUUCAUCUAUGCGAGUCUUUUAGAGUUUGUUUGCGUCAAUUACGUAGGUCGCAAAAGGCCGUUGCACAACGUCGUCUACCGCCCAGGCGAAAAUCCCGUGACCCAGCGGCUUCCAGCGGUGCUCAGCAGGAUAGGGAUUAUAUUGGCCAGCCCUUUGAAGCGAGAGGGCGGCACAACCACCGGAGCUGGCAGUGGGGCGAAUGAGAUUGUCGCCUGUACCAACUGCGGACCAAAUCCUUGUACGCACACGGCUACGAACGGAUGUGCCGCUGAGGUAAGGAAAAAAGAACCACCUCAUCCAAUCAGAGUGGCCAAGACGAUAGACGUAAUUGCGAGGAUUACAUUUCCGGCGGCUUACUUCGUGUUCAUCACGUUUUUCUUCAUACACUACAAAGGUGUUACGUAGGUCAACCGAGUUCUUCGAGGUUACUUAAAAAUAAAAUUUAAAAAAAUGAACACUCUAAUUAUCUAAAAAAAAAGAACAUUUAAAAAAUGAAGCUUAUAAUUACAAUUCCACACAAUUAUACCGAGUUUCUUUGUUAUUAUAAUGGCGGGUGAUAAAAAGAAGAGGAUAUUUUUUUCAAAAUAAAAAAAAACAAGAAAAACGAUUAAUAAAUAAGAAAAUUUGCCUCCUAGAUACGUCAAAGAAGAAUAAAUCGAGAUUAACCGCAAAAAAAAAAAAAAAUAAGCGAAACGACAUUUAUUGGGUAACCUCGAUGCGAAGUAAUAAUUAAAAAUUAAGAUAGAUGUAUUUUUCAAUGAAAAAAAAAAAUUAAUAUAUAAACAAGGUGUUUUCGCACGAUACGCGUUGGCUAAAAUAUCAGCUUUCAUAAGAAUUGCGAACCCAAAAUGUAAUUAAUUUUAUAAUAUUUAAUAACAGGAGAAAAAUUUCCUGAGAACUUUGUAUAGUUUUUAUUUUGAAUUCAAAUCUUUUACUUCUAAUAAUAAACAAAAGGCUUCAUUUUUUCGUUGAAUAAUUUUUUUAUUUACGAAAUAAUUUUUUUAUUUACAAUUUUUACAAAACCAAUUUUUGUUUUUUAUAAACAAAAAGAAUUCUUGCAAAAAUUCAAUGUGCCAGUGAAUCAUGCGACGCCUUGUAGCCUUAUAUAAUGAACCAUCUGACUUGUAAAUGACGAUUAUAUGCUCGAUUAUAAAAUUAAUGCGUGAUAUUUGAUCCUCACACUGCACUUCUUCCUAAAGCUCAAAAAUUUCCUGGUCGGAAUUUUCAUUGAUUAUUUUUUGUUUUUUUCUACUAAUAAACUUUUUAAGGGGGAAAUUUAAAAUUAAACGAUUGUUUGACAUUUGAUAUUGUUGAACAAUUUUUGCAAUUUUAUGUAUUUAUCCCGUAUAUUCACAAAUUGUUAUU